GCUCGAUCCCAUUCCCCUUUCUCUCUCCGUGCCGCUCUACUCCUCAAUCCCGUCUCCAAAUCGAAACCUUAGGAGCUCCCAAAUCCUUGCUCUUCUUCGGAAACCGCUUCUCUUUGACUUUCCCUUCUCGAUUGCGUCUUGGAGCCUUGGAUUUGGCCGCUGCCGUGGCAAACUAGGGAUUUUCUUCUUGAUUCGGUUUUUUGCUGCGGGUUAGAAUAAUGCCGGCGGUCGUGGAACCUGGGAGCGUUGGCAGCAGGGUCAGGUUUCAAGAACGCGUGACUGACUCCGAGGCGGGGUCUGUGGAUGGGAAUGGUGAUCGCGAGGCCGUCACCGGCGGCCUGCCGGUUCAGAGAUUUGAGCUGCGGGAAGAUCCAUCUUUCUGGAAGGAUCAUAACGUGCAGGUCGUCAUUCGAAUUCGACCCCUUAGCAGCGCGGAAAUAUCUCUGCAAGGACACAACAGAUGUGUCAGGCAGGACAGCUGCCAAACCAUUACUUGGACUGGACACCCAGAGUCCCGUUUCACAUUUGAUCUCAUUGCUGAUGAGCAUGUCAGCCAGGAGAACCUAUUUAAAGUUGCCGGAGUGCCAAUGGUAGAGAAUUGUGUGGCAGGCUAUAACAGCUGUAUGUUUGCCUAUGGCCAAACUGGUAGUGGCAAAACACACACGAUGUUAGGAGACAUAGAAGGUGGAACACGUAGACAUAGUGUUAACUGUGGGAUGACACCUCGAGUGUUUGAGUAUCUCUUCUCAAGGAUCCAAAAGGAAAAAGAGGCCCGACGAGAUGAAAAGCUAAGAUUUACGUGUAAAUGCUCAUUUUUGGAAAUAUACAAUGAACAAAUACUUGAUCUUUUGGAUCCAUCCUCUGUAAAUUUGCAGAUACGAGAAGACUCAAGGAAAGGUGUGCAUGUGGAGAGUCUUUCAGAAUUUGAAGUUUCAAGUGCUCGAGAUGUUAUGCAACAACUUAUUCAGGGGGCAGCAAAUAGAAAGGUGGCUGCCACAAACAUGAAUCGUGCAAGCAGUCGUUCUCAUAGUGUUUUUACCUGUGUCAUAGAAAGCAAGUGGGAAUCCCAGGGUGUUACUCAUCACAGGUUUGCUAGGCUUAACCUUGUAGACUUGGCAGGAUCAGAGAGGCAGAAGAGCUCAGGUGCCGAGGGUGACAGACUGAAGGAAGCGACUAACAUUAACAAGUCACUCUCAACCUUAGGGCUUGUUAUUAUGAACCUUGUCAGCACAUCAAGCAAGAAAUCACUACAUGUACCUUACCGGGAUUCUAAAUUGACCUUUCUUCUUCAGGACUCAUUGGGAGGCAACUCCAAAACCAUCAUAAUUGCAAAUAUAAGCCCAUCUAAUUGCUGUGGUUUAGAGACACUAAGUACACUAAAGUUUGCACAACGGGCCAAGUUCAUUCGGAAUAAUGCAAUUGUAAAUGAGGAUGCUUCUGGAGAUGUUCUUAGCAUGCGUCUACGGAUUCAGCAACUAAAGAAAGAGGUGAAUCGCUUGCGAGGGUUGGUAAGUGCUGGGCCUGACAACACUGAGACUGAUGGUUUGAGUGCUUGUCCUACUGGAUCUCCAUGUUCUUUCAAAUGGGAUGGAGGGCACGGAUCAUUUAGUCCACUGACAUUUGAUAAAAGGUUAUCGCAGAGGAAGGAAUAUGAAGCUGCUCUAGUGGCAGCUUUUAGAAGGGAUAAGGAUAAAGAAGAAGCUCUGAAGGCAAUGACUGCCGAAAAGCAGGCUACACAGCAGCUGGUUACUCAACGAACAGAAGAAGUAAGAAGUCUUAAGAUGAGACUUCGGUUCCGUGAAGAACGAAUUAAGAGGUUAGAAGCAGUUGCUUCUGCAAAGCUAUCAGCUGAAACACAUCUUGUGCAAGAGAAGGAAGAACUUCUGAAGGAAAUAGAAGCUCUCUGCAACCAGGUUGACCGUAAUCCAGAAGUUACGAGAUUUGCCAUGGAGAACUUGCAGCUGAAAGAAGAACUCAGAAGAUUGCAGUUGUUUGUUGAAGAAGGUGAAAGAGAAAUGAUGAAUGAACAGAUAACUGUUUUGCAGGAUAAGUUAUUGGAGGCUCUGGAUUGGAAACUUAUGCAUGAAAAAGAUUCAGAUGUUGUUCAGCAGAACCUGUCAUCAUCUUGGGACUCUUUUGGAAAUGAAGAAAAUGAGUUCCUCCAUUUGCAGGCUAUUCAAAAUCAGAGGGAGAUAGAAGCACUUCGUAAAAACCUAUCGUCAUGUCUUGAAGCCAAAGAAAAGCUGGAAAGGCGUGUGGAUGAGUUAGGCUCACAGUUAGAAGAACAAAGGAAGUCUACUCAUGCUCCAUACGUAGGGGUCGAACUUCCACAAGCUAAUUGUGACAUCACUUCAGGAACAGGCAAGCUUUCUGAUGAUCAGAUAGAACUUAAAACGAUGGUGGAUGCAAUUGCAGUUGCUAGUCAGAGAGAAGUUGAAGCACAUGAAACAGCCAUUGCAUUGGCCAAGGAGAAUGAGGAAUUGCGUAUGAAGUUUAGUGUUCUUAUUGAGGACAACAAUAAGCUGAUUGAACUCUAUGAGAAUGCAAUUGCGGAAGGUGGUAAUAAUGAUGCAGGGAGCCUCAACAAAUUUGAGAAGUCUCUGGUGCAAGUUGACAUGUCGGCUGAAUUUAAUGAAAAUAGACAUGAAGAAUUCAACCAAGAAUUCCACCAUUCAGGAAAGAAGGAUAUCGAAAGUCUUGAGCACCAACUUUAUGAGAUGCAUGAAGAAAAUGAGAAACUGAUGGGCUUAUACGAAAAAGCCAUGAAAGAGAGGGAUGAUUUCAAAAGAAUGUUGGCUUCUAUGGAAUCCAGCAUAUCCUUAACCAAAGAAGAGAUUGUAUGUCCGGAAAAGCUAGUUGAAAUGGACGAAGAAACAGGCUGCCAGAAGCAAGAGACGGAGGAGUUGACGGAACAUCUAGCGGAAGUGCCAGAGAAAGUGCAGCAUUUGGUCAGAAAUAAUUUGGAGCUCGUACGAGAUAAGCUUGCUGCUGUACGGACAGAUCUCAGAUACUUUGGGAUACUCGAGAAGAACAUAACCGAUGUGAAAGAGCUUACAGAAAAUGUUGAAGAAGUAGAGCCUGGCAUUCAGUUAAAAGAACAAGAGAUCGAGGAACUCAAGCGUGUUCUGUCCCAGACACAGGAAAGAAAGACAGUCUUGGACAAGAAGUUUCUGGCUCUGAAACUUGCACUUGGGAGUUUUUCUUCUGAGGCACACUAUUGGGAACAGAGAGAAACCCGGGCUAGAACAAGGCUGAACGUGUGCUUUGAACAUUUGGAGCAAAAGAAAGAAGAACUAAGAUGUCUUCAAACUCGCAAGGAUGAAACUAGCACUGCACUGUCGAAGGCUCAACAUUCCGAAUCUCAGUUGAGAUGCAACAUAGAUUGUUUAAAGUCUAAGCUCCAUGAUUCAGAAACUCAAAGGAAGAAGACCGAACGAGUGCUGUUUGCGAUUGAUAAUAUGGAUACGGUCGACGUCGUCCCGGUGCAAAAGAACUUGAGUUUUGGUAAAGCAUCUGAACUGCUAAAGUGUGAGGAGGAGCGAAGCAAGCUGUCGGUGGAGAUGAAAAAGUUACAGGAACAGUUGGCUGUUGUACAAAAAGAAAUCGCAAGCUUCAUGAAGAAAAUUGAUGCAAUCGAUACUAAGAUGAAGAGCUACGAAAAUGGGAUAAAUACUGGACUGCUCUCACUGCAGGAAGCAGAAGUUGGGUUGCAACAGGUGAUGGAAGAGAAGAACAUGCUUUCAGAGAUGAGAGAGGCCGGAAAGGCUGAGCUGGCAAACCUGUUACUUGAGUUCCAGGAGUGUAUAUUUGUGCUGGACUUAAAAGAAGGUGAGAUUCAGCUGUGCCAGGAAACAAUGCAACAGGAAUCGACAAAACUGGAGGAGAUAAAAUCCAAGAGAGAUUUGGCCACACACAACUUGAAUCAGUUCCUGGAGAACAACAGAAGUGCAAUGGUGAUCUCCGACGAAGGAGUUUGCUCAGGGAUUGUGUCCGAAAAGCUAGAACAUGAGUUAAGCUGUGUUCAGAUGUAUCUUGAUGAAGUAAUUACCACCUGUUAGAACUGAUGGAUUGUUUGAUUAAUUCAGAUUCAUCACAGUGAUGGGUCGCUCAUUCAACUGCUCAAAAUUUGGUUUUGUGAUUUGCACGGACCCCUAUCGAUCUCGCUCGUGUUUUCC